CGCGUUUGGAGACGUCGGCGGGGCACACGACUUGGCGCGGCGAACGGCCCGACACAGUCGAGAUCGAACGAGCGAAGGAGCGCGCGGCGCGAGUGCAUCGGCGAAAAUUUCGAAAGAGAGCCACAGACGAGACCGAUGCCGACCGAUCGGCCAGCAGAGUCGAUCACGCUCUGCGAUUACAGUUUAUUGAUAAUCGACCAGUGACUUAUUUGACUUUGGGAUUAUUCUCAUUCUCGACUCUUCUGUGACGAGUUCUCUCCUUCCUCUUGUUCCACAAUCUAGGCAGUUGCCGAUUUUUGGCAGAUUCGCUCAUUCCGAAGGGUUGGCUUCUGCUGCAAGAGAAGACGAGAAGAUGAGGGCGUGUUCGGGCCUCUCGAGGUUAGCACUACUGCUGGGGAUCUGUUGCCUGGUCGGGAAAUCGUUGGCCGGCCAGUCGGUCGAUGUUAUACGAGGCAACCUCGGCUCGAGCAUCCAAGAGGAGGAGAUUCUACGCGUGCUGUCGCAGAACAAGACCGGCGCAGCUUCCGAAAACUUCACCCUCGUCGAGCUCAUCGGAGCCGUGGCUCGGCGUUACAACGACUCUGCAAGCCCCGUCACCGAGGAGAUUCUCAAUCAUUGGACCAUUGGUAGCAGGACUACCAAUCCUUAUUAUGACGUUUACAGAGAAGACAUCGACCAAGAAGCCCGGAAAUUCCUGCAGAUCGUCCCGCCGUUCGAGCCCAGCGCCGGAGAGGUCAGCCCCGAGUGCAAGAAACACGCUGACCUAUAUAAGAGAGAGCUGAACAAGUUCACCCUUUGGGCUCUGAAGAUGUACGACGCAACAGCGAAGAUGCCGUCGGGUCUGCUGAGCGGCAACGUCAACCAGCUGGGCGACUACGACGAGUGCGUGGGCGUCGAGGGCUCGGAAGGUCUGCGCGGCCAGUACUGCCUGGCUUACCUGCAGCUCGAAGUCGACGGCUCGAGACCGGACCUGCAGCACCUGCACCGACUCCUCCACUCGCACUAUGCCUUCCGCAGCAACGUGUCCGACCCUGGACACCGAGUGCCGCGUUUCGGAACGGUCAACUGGGCGGUAUGCGCUCCAUCGGGCUGCAGUCCCCGAGACGUGGAGGCGUCUCUCAGACACACGCUUGACAAGCACACCGAGGAGACCGGACUCAAGAUCAGUGUCAAGGUCGAGCCGGAGAUGUGCCAGAUGAGGAGGACCGAACCGCUGCCCAGGGAGACCAUCGUCGUUGGUCUGUUCUUCAUCGGAGUGUUGCUGCUGUCGAUAGCCACGGGCCUGUGCGAGCACUACGACGUACCUCUGAGCCCUGUGCUCUCGGCUUUCUCGCUGAAGAAGAACGUUUUGAAGCUGGUGUCGUUGGAGCGCAGCGAGAGCGACAUCGCCACCCUUCACGGCAUCCGAGCUUUCAACGCCUUUAUGCUCUUGCUGUCCCACAAGAGUCUCGCCCUGUUCUUCAACCCCUACGUCAACCGCACGGAGAUGACCGAGUACAUCGGAAAGCCCUGGACUGUCAUCGGAAGGGCGGCUAGUCUGUACACGGACCCGUUCAUAAUGCUUUCAGGACUGCUGACCACCUACUCGUUCAUUGGGAGACUCAACAAGAGCGGAAAACUGGACGUCAAGAACGAGUACAUCAGCAGACUGUUCAGGCUGGUACCGACUCUGGGAGCUCUCAUUCUGUUCUGCACGUACGUGAUGCCGUUCAUCGGCUCCGGACCUCAGUGGAACCUGGUCGUCACCCAACACGCGGACAUCUGCAAAAGGACCUGGUGGCGAAACUUCCUCUUCAUCCACAAUUACUUCGGAUUCGAAAACAUGUGUCUCACGCACACGCAUCACGUUGGCAUCGACACCCAACUGUUCGCGCUGUCGCCGCUAAUGGUACUUGCCAUUUACAAGAAACCAAAGAUCGGAGCUGCCGUUUUGGCGUUUGCGGCAGUUUUCUCGACCGCGCUCAGAUACUACGUCACCUACUACUAUCGCCUCAACAACUACAUAUUCUUCGGCACAUCGAUAAGACAACUGUUUGACACGGCCAACUUUUCGUACAUUCUACCUAGCCACAGACUUACCGUUUACAUACUAGGAGUAGGAGUAGGAUAUUUGCUAAGAAAGUUGCCAAAAAAUUACAAAAUUAACGACACGCUCAUUCGCGUCGGAUGGUUCCUCUCCAUACUGAUGUUCAUGGGAGCCUUCUUCGGACCAGCCGGUAUGGGCGACAUCGAUUACGUGUACAACCCAGUUCACGCAGCCACAUACAACGCAUUUGCUCCGAUCGGAUGGUGCGCCGUGUUCAUUUGGGUCACGUUUCUGGCGCACACUGGAAACACCGAUGGCUGGCUGAGCAGAUUUUUCGCAUGGAAAGGCUUUCUCAUCACCACGAGAUUGAGCUACGCAGUUUACUUGACGCAGUUCCCCGUGUUUUUCUUCAACGUUGGCCAAACCAGGAGCGCGGAAUACAUUGGAUUCAUCAGAAUGAUGCUGAACUUCAAAGAGUUGGUAUGGAUCCUCGGAACUUCGGCCGUUCUUACACUUCUCUUCGAGACUCCCUUCCAGAAUCUCAAGAACAUCUACUUCAAGAGACAAUCCGCACCGGCGACGAAAAUUUCACCGACGGUUGAGAAAACGAUAGUAGACAAGAAAGUAGAGUGAAAACAAGAAUAACAUUCGCUGGAUAGAUGACUAUAAGUUCUCUGCGAGGAUCGCAUACUCGUGUCUCUUAGUCUUUAACGAUGCAGGGGUAUGCAAAAGUCACAAAACAACCUCACGUAGACUUAUUGCCGUUGUAAGCGCGUACUUACGAAUUUCGUCUAUCGAUUUUGUAUAUAAAAUUCUAGCGAGUCCCCUGAUAGAAAUUACGAUAUUACAUAAACUUGCGAUUUAGUCUAAGUGCCUUAUUGGUGUAAGCAAUCGUUGGACUGGGUGGAAAUUGAGUGACGCCGUCAUCGCAGCAGUUCUUUUACGAGAUUUUUAGCAAAAAUUAUACAGAAGCUGAAUCAAGUUUCUAGUCAUUUUCACUAAACAAUCGUAUUCAGGAUCGACUGUUCAAUAAAAAAUUCCAACAAUUUUCGCACGAUGUAUAAACAAUUUAUGAGAUUAACGAUACAAAUUCGUCUAGAUUAAUGGACAAUCGUGUGUUAAUUUUUUAAGCCUUACGAUUGAUUUACUUGUCAAACUCGUCGAUAUUCACUUGACGCUUUAGACUAGGUGCGUACUCUUUAUAAAUAAGAUUAGUUUGCGCUAAAAUUAUUGGAAUCAAUGGGAAUGUCCGUAUGGUUUUUAUGGCGUAAUUUUAUACUUAGACGAUUUUAUAGAUUUAGGACUGAUAGAAAAGCGUUAUAUGUAGUUUAAAUUAGAUAGCGAACGUUUGACUAAUUAAGUUAUCGUCUGGUGAUAUAGAAAAUUCUCAGUAUCCACUCAGAAAAACGUUAAAAAUUUUUAUCAGGCCUGCGGACUCGCUUAAACCGACAAGUGCAAUUGCUUGCCCUCAUAUACAAUGUAUAUGAAAGCCAAAAGCAUAUAAUUUGAUAAGUCUAACUAUAGCAUUCUGCGUAUGUAUUGUAAAUAUCUACACCUCUUAUACGUUGUUUUUAUACACAAGUACAACAAAAAACAUGAUAUCAUAUUGUUUUUCUUAUUUUUUCAACGAUUUAAUCGAAUUAGUGUAUUUAUUUAAGUAUUUUUAGGACUAAGAAAUAUAGCUUAUGACGAAAAGAGAA